GCUGCUGCUGCUGCUGUUGUCUGCUGCUGCUGUCGGUCUCUGCUGCUGCCGUUGUCUGCUUGUCUUGUUCUCUCGUCGAUACAGUUGUGAGUAUGAGGAAGCUGUGGUGUGCAGCAGUGUUGGUGGUGACGCUGGUGAGUGUGGUGAGGCCUCAGUGUAUCUCCAACAAUGACAAGCUGGUGGUGACCUCCCCACCUGACCUGGCCCACAUCACCCCCUUCAGCUUGGACCUCUUCAAGCAGCUCUAUCCACCCACCGCCACAGGAAACCUUUUCUUCUCGCCCUACAGCGUGUGGACCGCCCUGGUCCUGGCCUACUUUGGGUCUGCUGGCAGGACUCGUCAGCAGCUGCAGGACACCCUUCGUCUCAGAGACCCUUCAACCACUCUGGCUACCUACAGGGCCCUCGACCGUCUAAACGCAGAGAGACAGAGCAACACGAGUGACUAUGUGAUAGACUUGGCCAACAAAGUGUAUGUGAAGAGCGGCUUCCCUCUUCGGGACUGCAUCAGAGAUGUCCUUAAGAAAGAGGUGGAGAAUAUCGACUUCUCACAGGCGGCCAAAGCAGCUGCGACAAUCAACCAGUUCGUGAACAAAACAACGCGAGGCAAGAUCCCAACUGUGGUGACAGAGAGCGACGUGGCCAGGACACUGAUGACGCUGGUCAACACCGUCUACUUCAAAGGUUUCUGGUUGAAUCAAUUCAACCUAACCCAAACAACCAAGCAGAAGUUCUUCACCACCCCGAGACAACACAGCCUUGUUGACAUGAUGACCCAACUUCGAAAAUUCAGAUUUGGAGUCUCGAGUGAGCUGGGAGCGACGGUGUUAGAGAUGCCGUACAAGGGGAAGGCGGCGUCCAUGUUGGUGUUGCUGCCUGACAACACCCCCGGCGGCGCCUCUGGCAACUCCGCCACGCCCCUGGACGCCAUGCUGCGGCGCCUCUCCCACGACAAUCUCCGCCACGCCCUCACCAACCUGGAAGAGGAGACCGUACGUCUUUACUUCCCAAGGUUCAAACUGGAGCAGACAAUCACUGAGGAACUUAAGGCGGUGAGUAGUCAGGAUGUUUUACUUGCAUCUCUAUAUAAAUGUUGUCAGUGUUAAGGUAAACAUUUAAGG